UCAUGGUCUAGGCGCAUUGUUUGCAUGCAGGUAGUUUCAAAGACGGCGCGACCUGCCCGCGACAGGUGUGAAGAGAGGGAUCGAAACAGGUGCGAGCUUGUCAGUGAUUGACAAGGGAGGGGGGCUAUCAGCCCAUUAACUAGCAUACAGUUUGCCAGAACGGAACACUAUCCCCCCAAACUGAGGGACAAUGGAUGAGACGAUGAACAUGGAUGAGGAUGAACUUGAGGUCAAGGUCAUAAAUGAAGGUGACUAUAAGAGAGAUUUGGAUGAAGUAAUGAUUCCAAAUGGUUCUGAAAAGACUACUGCAAACAGAUCAGAUUCUCAAACUCCAGACAUGAAUGUGAUAAGCCAAUCAAAUUCCAAUAUUCAGGAUAUUGACCAAUCAGAAUCAGCCAACAUGAAUGAAACUGAAGAUGAGCUAGCUGAUGAUGAGAACAGACCAGGUGACAGUGACAAGGAUAUAAUGAAAUCACAGAUUUAUGAGGAAACGUCUGCCAGACUGUCAGAUGUGUCAACUAUCAAAGACCAAUCAGAGGGCAGUGCGGAGUUGAGUGUGGAAGAACGUGACCUUGGGGUGUAUGAGGAUGAAUCUGACCUCGAUGAGGCAGUGGCUGACCUUGACAUUGAACUGGAACCAGAAAUUCUGGGGGAAAAACUGGUAGACAGUAUGCUCAGAAAAGGAAGUAAAUCUGCAACUUCCACUCGUAAAAGUCGAAUUGGGUCAGCCUUGUCUAAUAUAGAUGAGGCUGAGGAGCUAUCUCAGCCAUCUUGUAUUGAGGAUGGGGAGACAACUGUGGAAAUUGCUGAACAUGGAAGACGGCCUGUCACUAGUGGAUGUGAGACUGAUGCCCCGCUGUCCCGUGCAAAACUCAACACUCCAGCAAGUAUCAGUGCAUACACAGAUGUGACUGCGGAAAUCAGGAAUUUGGAGUCAAGAGACACAACAAGAAAUCUUGAGACACGAGAAGCUGUAUUCCGCCGUGCCCUGACCUUGAUGUCCAAUCGUUGUACCAGUGUGAACCAGAACCCAGCAGAUGUCACAAUGCCGUCUGCUCUCAUCAGUGUGGACGAACCUCCAUUUGGAGUCACUCAGCCCACUUAUUUCUACAUCCAUCAGCGACGACCUUCACCCAUGGCUCCCCUCAAGGCAUGGCGUGGUUACAACGGCAAUGUGUACUUUGAGCCGAUCUCAAUUAAAUCAGUUGCGAAGGGCAAGGUCACAGACCCCAGUGAUGAGGUUCAUGCUGCUCAACUGACAAAGUACGACCCUCGCUUUGGUGUCUCUAAUCACACACCCAGCGCCAGACCUGCCUCAACCCCACCCUCACGCUCAAACACAAGAGAGUCCAUGCGCAGUUCGGUUACUAGACGACCCAUCACACAACGACAAAUGACAGUGUUCGAUCCAAGGCCGGUAACCUCCAGUUCACAUCAUCAAGAGAAUAUAGCUUGGGGCUGACGAAAUCCAGACACAGGCAGCCUUGCAAUGAGACCACCAAGCUCAUCGAGCCGAGAGGCAAAACUAGCCGCAUGUAACCGAGAAAAAAUUGUCAAGGGUUCAGUAGUACAGCGGUUACGUGAACAGAAACAAGCCGCGAUGAGGAAACCUCAUUUCAAAGUGAAUGGCGACAAGUUCACACCUGCACAUACCCUAUCUCCACUACUGCGCACACAGACUCAGUAUUCCCAUAGCAACCAGAGGAUGACGAUGAACAGCCCAGAUCCGCAUCACAGCGUGUACGAUCAUCUUCCACCGCUGGACCAGAUCCGGGCCAGCUUGCGCCACAUGGAUCAUGUAGACAGUAUGAGUGAACCGUCGCACAACCGAAUGUCGCCGUAUGGCAGGAAGGUGACUCUCACCGAUGAACUGAAACCUUUCAUCAAGUACAGCCCAGAUAUACGGGCCAAGUACUUAAAGCAGGUGCAGUAUCUCACAUGAACAGACCCUGGCUGGGAUUUGAAAGGAUAUAUUCUUCCUUGAUGUAGACGUGCAGACACAGAUUGGACUUAGUCCAUGGAUCUAUUUAUCUUACAUCAAGGAUCUUGUACUCAUUACAGUGCUUCUCUUUGUGAAGAGUGGGUAGCCUAGUGGUUAAAAUGUGUGAAGCCCAUUUCUGGUGUCCCCUGCCGUGAUAUUGCUGGAAUAUUGCUUAAAGCGGCAUAAAACUAAACUCAUGCACUCACUCCUUGUGACGAUCUAACGAUACCUCCAUUUGAGGGCAAGUCAGGUAUGCUUUCUAAUCAGCUAAUCAGUAUCAAUAAUUCUUGGUAUUAGUGUGGAAAGAAACCGGAUCAUCAUGUCUUAUUUCUAUAUUGUAAAAACAAAGUUAAACAGCAAGUUCAAAAUGUAAAUAACAAAGCUGGCCAUUCAUUUGUCUAUAUUUUGAACACCCUGUCAUUUCUGAGUGCCAUGGCAUAUUCACUCUAUGGUACCAUCAGAGGAAUAAUUGUGCUCUAUAUGUUUUGGUUUCUUUUUGUUGUUUUUUUACGAAGUGACGAUUUCUUAAUCUGGAGAGUAAAGAAAUAAUGAAUUCUAAUGAAAUUGAAUAAAAAAGAUAUCUGUGUGGCUCAGCAACCGUAUCCUCUAUUUGGUCUUAGCGGUUACCAUUUGGUCUUAGCGGUUACCAUUUGGUCUUAGCGGUUACCAUUUGGUCUUAGCGGUUACCAUUUGGUCUUAGCGGUUACCAUUUGGUCUUAGCGGUUACCAUUUGGUCUUAGCGGUUACCAUUUGGUCUUAGCGGUUACCAUUUGGUCUUAGCGGUUACCAUUUGGUCUUAGCGGUUACCAUUUGGUCUUAGCGGUUACCAUUUGGUCUUAGCGGUUACCAUUUGGUCUUAGCGGUUACCA